CAGGCGGCCAUGGCGGCGCCGGCGCUGCCGGUGGCGGAGCCGCAGCCGGGGGGCUCGGCCGAGCCCAACCCCUUCUCCUUCCGCGAGUUCGUCCGCUCCAAGGCCCGCGGCGGUGACAGCCCGGGCGGUGACACACAGGCGGCUUGGCCCGGGCCCGUGGUGCCCCCGCUGCCCGCAGUGCCCGCUGAGUCGGGGGACGAGCAGGAGGAGGAGGAAGAGGAGGAGUGGAGCGAGAGCUACCAGCCGCUGGCCGUGGAGCAGGCCCACCUGGUGACGCUCGGAGCCGCCCCGGGGCCGGCCUGCGGCCCCUCCCGGCAGCCGAGCUACGAGCGGCUAAAAGAAGAGAACACUAUUUUGAGAAACAAGAUCAAUAAGCUUCAGAUUCUGUCUGAAACUCAAGCAGACAAGAUGAGGAAACUUGAGAAGAAGCUUGAGGAAAACAAAAUCAAAGAAGAAAAAGAAGCACAAGAUUUGGAAGCAAUGGUGCAGCACGUGGAGCAGAAUCUCCAGCUGAUGACUAAACGAGCUGCCAAAGCUGAGAACAGCGCUGCCAAACUGAGACAGGAAAAUGCCCAGCUCCAGGCUGAGCUGAGGAAUUCCAGGCUGGAGAAUGAGGCACUGAGGGCAGGCCAGGCAGGGCUGGCUGUGGCCAAGCAGAAUGCAGAGGUGGCCCUGCAGUACCUGCUCCAGGUCACAACCAGCUCCAGAGCAUCCAUCAGGCAGCUGCUCUCUGGAGCAGAAUCCCUGCAGCUCGUUGCUGAUCUCCUGAAAUCCAUAGACAGAAUCGCUGAGGUGUCAGAGGAUGGACAGUGAUGACAGUGACUCACACAACACGGAGGACUUUGUUUUCAUAUGGAAACCAUUACUAAAAAGUGAAUUUUUGAUA